AUGCGUUUCAGCAUAGGAAUUGCGGUCCUUUUCGGCCAGGCCCUGGCCUCACCUCAUGUACUUCAGCAACUUCAGCAAAGACAAGACAACAAAGACUGCCCGCCAAUCCACAUCUUUGGGGCGCGAGAGACAACGGCGCCGCCGGGUUUUGGUUCCGCGGCCGGCAUCGUCGACGACCUCACCAAGGCAAAUCAGGGCGCUACGAACGAGGCCAUCAACUAUCCCGCAUGCGGCGGCUCGUCGGACUGUCAGGGCAUCAGCUACGCGGACUCGGUGAAGAAUGGGACCGCGGCUGUUGCCACGGCCGUGAAUGAUUUCAAUAAGAAAUGCCCCAAGACGAAGAUUGUCAUGCUGGGAUUUUCUCAGGGAGCUCAAAUUAUAGACAACGCAUACUGCGGAGGAGGAGACAGCAACGAAGGGGUCAAGGACGUCAACGUUCUCAUCUCCAACGAGGCACUCGGAGCAGUUAAAGCAGCCAUCUUCAUGGGCGACCCACGCUACGUCGCCGGAUUUCCCUACGAGGUUGGGACUUGCAAAACCCAAGGUUUUGCACCACGACCCCAAGGAUUUCAAUGCCCCAAUGGAGGCAAUAUUAAAUCAUUUUGCGAUUCUGCGGAUCCGUUCUGCUGCAACGGUAACGACCCUGUUGCUCAUUUACAAUAUCCGAGCAUCUAUGGCGACCAGAUUAAACAGUUUGUGAGUGACAAACUGAAAUAG